GGACGAAAGGUUUUUAUUCAUUUUUGUGAUUUUCCUUUGUGCAGUGACUCCUUUUCUUUCGUAUUUUUUUCCCUUCGGUUGAUUGAUUUGGAGUGUUAUCGGGGAUUACGUCUGCGGGAGAGGCCAACAGGUGUUUAUGGGAAUGGAAUUUCGUGCACCUGGUGGCUGAGUUGUGGACAUGAUAGGCUGAGGUCGCUCAAGGUGAUCACCUAGAUGCCAUGGAGGAUGAUGAAUUUGGUUUUACCAAGCGCAAUGAUAGGGCCCUCGAUCGUGUAAAAAAAUUAGUGAAAAGUGAGGGGCACGAGGUGGUGGAUGAGCUAACUGUGGGCAACCCUAGAGUCUCCCCCGUCGGGGAAGUAACAAAAGGCGUGGCUGAGGGAGGUACAACGUCACCGGAAACCGGAAGCCACCGGCUGGCCAACAGUCGCACCGAGUCCUCUGGAUCCUCAGUCGCUCGACAAACUCCGGACAUACCUAACGUCGUUGAGUAUCACCUGAAAGUUCAGUCGUCUAGUGUGAAGAAGAGUAUUAACAAACAAACCAACGAAAUGCGCACAGACAUCUCCACCCCACUCUCGUCCCGCGAGAAGACGGUUCUCUCGAAAUUAUCACGCCUAUCAAUCGACAACAACGUGUUUGAGGGUUCGAACGAUCUGCCACAGGUGUUCCAGGUCAAGUACCUGGGCUCCCACGACGCGAGAGGCCUUUGGGGUAUCAAGCACACGCGAAAGCCCGUCGAUAACAUGGUCGCAGCUGCCAAAUCCCUGCCAACCGACACAAUCCUACCUCUGGUGAAGCUUGUCGUCUCCAAGGAGGGGGUUGCCCUGUUGCCCCUGGGUAAAAUAAAAGGCGAGCCUGCUAUCGCCAAGACGUAUCCCAUUGAGACCAUCUCUUACGGUGUGCAGGACCUGGUCUACACGAGGGUCUUCUCGAUGAUCGUGGUGAGGGACUCCGGGAAUUUCCGCAAGGUCUCACCCUUUGAAUGUCACGCCUUCGUCUGCGAAUCGAAACAUCACGCCAGACAGCUGACGUACGCUCUGGCCACAGCCUUCCAGAUUUAUUCUCAGAUGGUUAAGGCGUUGGGAAAGGCUGAGGAUGCCUCGGCGAAUGUCAAAAAACGUUUCGCGAUUGAUUUGAGAACACCUGAUGAGAUUGAAACUGAUUUGGCGAGAGAUUCGGAAGCCUAAUGUCUGCAGAUUUUAUGAACAUCUGAGAUUUUAUGUACAUGAGAUUUUUAUAAUGAUGGAGUCAGUAGUGAAGGUGUGGGACAGGAUGAGGUGGUUUGACUUGGAUUUACUUUCGGCUAAGCAUCGUGGAAUUUUAGAGAUAACCACUGAGAGAAAUGGCGACAGUGUAUCACAAAACUAAUUUCUUGGGUCAAAUAUCUCAGCUCUUAAGGAUAAAACGGUUGGGAUAAGAAUUCCGCGUAAUGAGUCGGACCGUGUAAGAAUCCUGUGAAAUGUUUAUGACUUGAACACGAACACUUGGCGAUAAAGUGACAAUUUCUUGCCUCAAGAAAUCGUUUAUUUUGUGUCAAAAGAUGAGGAAAUUACUAAAAAUACUAAAAGCUUAGAUUCAGUGACUCAUGAAUUAGGGACUUUCAUAUUGAAUAAAUACAGAAUUUCGCAAUGAGUUUGAAGAAAAGCAAUAGCAUCUUUUUUUUCUCUCAAACUUACAUUGCCUCUUCAGGAAUAUUAUCCAAUUUUCAGAAAAAAAUAUUAUUUUUUCAAUCAGUAUCAUCCUCCUUUGGCCAAAGAGCACCGAUUUCUUGUCUGGAGGCUACCAUCAAUUGAUGAAAUAUACAUGCGAUGUUUUCCACUCAAGAAAUUAUUUUUGUCAUAUUAUGACGAUUUUUCUCUCAGUGUACCAACAUUUUUGGAAAAUGCUGCUUUCCAAAUUGUUUUAAGUUUUGGUUGACCAUUUUCCUAUUUACUAAAGAUGAAAGAAACGCGAAAUUGUUUUAUAUCGAAAUAUCUCGAAACUG